AUGGCGCUUCGUCCACGUCUCAGGAGCGUCCUUCUGGCUGCGCAUACAUCCCGCGGAGCGUGGAGGUCUACUUAUUCCCUCGACUCGAGCUUUAGCAUUGACAGGACCACUCGGCGGCACGCCAGCUCACGAGCAGAUGAAGAGCUAGACGAGCAUUCCUAUGAUGAUCAUGAGGAUAACGUCUAUGGACUUCAUGAGCUUGAAGAGAAAUCGCAAAUCGACGUGGCGAGCUUCUUCGCUCAAGAGUCUCAUAGAGCUUCCUCGAGCAAGGUAGGCCGGCCACGCCAAGGUGCGAGAUCCGACCCAACCGUCUUUCAAAAGGCUGCUUAUGGCGAGGAGGUGUCCGACUCCGCGUCCACGCCAAAUGCUUGGCCGCAAGAGAUCGACGCGGGCUCCCUGAAGAAGGAUGCGCCCGAUCUCAACGAGCUUGACGAGGUGAUCAUGCGCGUCAAGACUCUGCAUGCUCAGAGGAAGCGAGCGGCUACUCGGGUUGGGAAGGUCAAAUCCAAAGCGGAAGAUCAGAUGAAGCUCUGGGACGCAUGCGUGACUUCCGUCUAUUCCGCUUUCAACGUCUCUCAGCUGAGAGCACAGAGGACAGCCGCCUUCAGUGGCAGUCCCAUUUCCGCCACCAAGCAGGAAAUAUUGGACCAACUGGCUGGGUCAAAGUCAAAGACUCUCAACAAGCGAAGGUUGGUGGAGCUGCUCAUUGUCGGAAGAUAUGGCAUCACACCACUCGUCGAGGAGCCCGCGACCAAAGUCGAGAAAGAUGCUCGGGUAUCCGCUCCGGUCAUCGUUCACAAUGCCGAGGUCCGCGUUGCCCUACGCGAUGCGUGGCUUUGGCAGCUUGGCGACCCUCGCGCAACCGUCGUGUCCAACGCUGCUGCGCGACUGCAGCAAAGAUAUGUGGAGCAGCAAGAAUUGGAGUCUCCGAGCGAGGAGAGCGACGACUUUUUGGGGCCAGGAGAUUCCAAACGCAAGGUGUCAGUUGAGGCUGGCUUCGCCGACUUGCAGCACAAUGUUCAUGGCGACGAAGAUACGGAGCCGAGUUUUGUCAUACCCAUCAGAGGGCGCAAUGAAGAGCAUGUGCGUGUGCUCAAAGAGUGCCUGCAAGACUGGGUCGACGACAUGGUAAGUGUUGAGCCUAUCUUGCCGAAAGAGAGUCGUCAAUGUUAAUCUGGACAGCUCAAUGACUUUGUCUCCUGCCCAACCUUGUAGGCAAGUCUGCAGCCCAUCGACGUAGAUCUGGCUACGCUCUUGUCCGAAGAGCCCAUCGAUGUUCCGCCACCUUCGCCCGACAUUCUUUUCGCGGUGCGAGAUGUGGCAAAAGUUUUCAUCGACUACGCCCCUUCACCCGCCUUGAAACAAGCGACGAAUCCAGCGACUGACUCGACUUCCGUCCAGCUGGACGCCAAGGACCUCUUGCGGUUGCGAAUGUAUACUCUAGACGAGCAUUCCGCCGCUCUAGCGCAGGCGCUGCUGCGGCAGUACGUGUCCGAAGCAUCACAAGCUUCAUCGCGUUCACUCAUGUCCUACGCCGUGUCGCCGGAAAACGUUGGUGGUAUCCCCCACGACCACCGAGAGCACAAGGGCGCUCUGUACGGCAUGGUCCCGAGCUUCGCUCAAUCUCAACCGAAUUGGACUGCUCGUGCAACGGCAGAAAGGCUGAGUUGGCGUGUUGGCAGGCAUCUUCGAUCUUGGGAGACGGACGCUGGUCACAUGCAGAUUUCAAACAUCUCUCAUGCAUCGGAUGAAAGCAGUACGGAGUAUACAUUGUCGCCCUGGUCUUUCCUUGAAAAGCAAUUAUCAACAUCUGGUCAAAACGGGCAGCCCAUUUUCGGAUCUGUGGAGCGCGUGUACAGCGCAGAAUUUGGCGUCAUCAUUUUCGAUUCACCGGGAGACUCGCUGCUCAGUGCGCCCAUGCUCUCGACUUGGUCGCUCAAUACGCUGCAAGAUCAGCUCAGCUCAAUGGAACCACCUUCCUUCCGCCCCUCGGUCGCACCUUGGGGUACGCUCUUAUUGGCCGAUUACAAGAGCGGCAGAAACAUUACGAGGGGCUUGUCUGGCAUAGGAAUGCUCGUGGACCAGAAGGAAGAUCAUCAUGCUAGACUAACGUAUCGCGCCUCCAACGGUCGAAGGCUUGUGGUCAAGAUCGCACAUCCGACGCCUGCUGCACACGAUCUUGCGGCCAAGGACCGCGCGCUCGAGGCACGUCAUGGGGAGAGUCAGUACGACACUGAACGCUCAGCGCCAUUUGAUCCGGAGUCUGGAGACGUUGGAAGGGAGCCGAAUCACGAGGCUCCAGCGUCUACAGCUCCAGAUUUCGAUAGUAAUGUUGAAGGGGCCUUCAAGAACUCGAGUCACGACGAUGCUAUCACCGCUCCUGAGCCGGACGCAGCCCCGGUCGCACCUGCCGACACGGGCAUAUCUGCUCAUUGGGCGGAUGCAUCAGAAGCGGACGUCAUUGCGCCACAGCACCCCGUUGAUAUGCGCAUACAAGCCUUGCAACGGCACUCGUUUUCGCAAGAGGGUGUCGCAAGCGUUCGCACUGCUCUCGAAGGCUUUCUGCAAAGCUGGACGCAGCUUGCAGAGGAGGCGGCCGUGCACGAAAAUUCUCAAUCUGGCAAGCGUCAGGCUGCAGUAGAUGCAGUGCCAGUGCCGCUCUCAGGUAAAGGAAUGCCGCUCGCUCCGUCGCAACUCGUAGUGGGGGGUGAUCGUCUGAAACUCGAGAGCGCAGAACAUAUCGACCGCCUACAACUCUACUAUGCGGGCACGUCGGAGCCACGCGCACCGUACGAUCCUUUUGGCGAGCCUGCUGACGAUCCUGCACAAUCUCAAAUGGGCGUCGAAGACGAUGCGCAACAAGCGUGGAAGAGCGUGAUGGACAUGCUGGAGGAAAUGUCGCAGCAGGAUGCGGACGCUAGGCAGCUAGAGAGCGACAGGAACAUGCCAAAGGAGCUCGCUAGCGUGCCUUAUCGACCUCGAAUCGUCUUUGAAAGCGUAAAAAGAGAUGGUGAUACACAUUCGAGCACCAGGAUGCGUCUCGAAUGGUCAGAUGAACCCUUUCCUCCCGCGAAAGCUAAUGAAAGCACUGCAACCGAGCCAGCUACAACUUCUACACCUGCUCUACCUUGGUCGACAGCCGCUGACCACAUCAACAGCAUCUUGUCGCGCAAAUUUCGCACCUUGCGCGGCGCCCAAACAUAG